AUGAAUGGCACUCUCUCUCCAGAGAAGAGCAUCAAUCUGCUCCACUGUUUGAUUGAACUGAACAAUGACACUAUAGUGAAGGAGGUCCAGCAUCACCUGAGUUCAGGACAACUGUCUAAAGUUGAUCUUUCUCCUGCUCAGUGGUCAGCUCUGGUCUUCAUCAUACUGUCAUCAGAAACAGAACUGGAUGACUUUGACUUGAGGAAAUACUUAGCUUCAGAAGAGGCUCUUCUGCAGCUGCUGCCAGUGGUCAAAGCCUGUAAGAAAGCCCAAUUUUGUGAAGGUCUGAAAACUCUUGGGGUUCUCAAGAAAAUGAGGAGGCAUCCAGACAGUUUUCGCCCUCUGUUCUGCUAUGAGCCACAUAUGCUGACUGCUGACCAGGUGGAUGAUCUUUUUAACAUUCAUCUAUCUCCAGAAGGAAGCAACAGAAGAGCUGCUGAGGAGAUGGUUGUUACCUUCUGGAGAGACUAUCUCCAAGAUGCAGAAGGAACUGGACAGAUUUGGCUCAGUGGUGUGAGCUGUUCAGGAAAUGAAAGUUCUCUAACUGAAUGUCAACACUCUGGAUGGGGAAACUACUACAACUACUAUGGACAUUCUUAUGAUGUUGGUGUCAUCUGUUCAGGUGUGAUCAGAUUAAUUGGAUCUGGAUCGACUCGAUGUUCUGGCAGGGUUGAAGUUUAUCACAAUAACAGCUGGGGAACAGUCUGUGAUGAUGGCUGGGGCUUAAAUGAUGCUGAGGUGGUUUGCAGACAGAUAAACUGUGGGACAGCACUACAAGCUCCUCGAUCGGCUUACUUUGGUGCAGGAACUGGACAGAUUUGGCUUGAUGAUGUGACCUGUUCGGGAAAUGAAAGUUCUCUGACUGACUGUCAACACAGUGGAUUUGGAUCAAACAGAUGUGAACAUGGUCAGGAUGCUGCUGUCAUCUGUUCAGAUCUGAUCAGGUUAGCUGGUUCUGGAUCGAGCCGAUGUUCUGGCAGAGUUGAAAUCUUUCACAAUAACGUCUGGGGAACUGUCUCUGAUUACAACUGGGACCUAAAUGAUGCUGAGGUGGUUUGCAGACAGUUAAACUGUGGGUCUGCACUACAAGCUCCUCGAACAGCUUACUUUGGUGCAGGAACUGGACAGAUUUGGCUCAGUGGUGUGAGCUGUUCAGGAAAUGAAAGUUCUCUAACUGAAUGUCAGCACUUUGGAUGGGGAAACUACUACUACCACAACUACAAUGGACAUUAUUCUGAUGCUGGUGUCAUCUGUUCAGGUCCAAUCAGAUUAACUGGAUCUGGAUCAAGUCAAUGUUCUGGGAGAGUUGAAGUUUAUCACAGUAACAGCUGGGGAACAGUCUGUGAUGAUGGCUGGGACUUAAAUGAUGCUGAGGUGGUUUGCAGACAGAUAAACUGUGGGACUGCACUGGAAGUUCCUCAAUCAGCUCACUUUGGAUGGGGAAACUCCUACUACAACUACUACUACUACUACUAUAGACAUUAUUAUGAUGCUGGUGUCAUCUGUUCAGGUGACAUCACUUUUUGA